AUGCCUCCCAAGCGUCGCUCUCAGCGUCCGGGUUUACUCUCCAGUACCCGCCCGCCGACAGUCAAAUCCAAGCAUGCAGCGUUAUCAGCCAAGGCCACCCGAACUCUCAUCCGCUCCCAUCAUCAACUUCUGAAAGCAAAAGCUCAGGCAGAAGCGGCGGGUGAUGAGGUCCGGGCAAGUAACAUUAAUGCCCAAAUCGAAGCUGCUGGUGGGUUGAAAAGCUACCAGAUUGCCAGCAAGCUAGGUCAGUCCGGGGAUCGAGGUGGUGACUCCAGUAAGAUCCUGGUAGACUGGAUCAAGCCGCAACUCAAUCAAUGGAACAACAGUCUCCCCAAAUUACGCGUCCUUGAAGUCGGGGCGUUAAGUACGAAAAAUGUCUGUUCCAGGACCUCCGCCUUAGAGGUGACCCGCAUCGACCUGAAUUCUCAGGAACCGGGUAUCUUGAAGCAAGAUUUCAUGGAACGACCAUUGCCGUCUACGGAAAUGGAGAGAUUCCAUAUCAUUAGUCUUUCAUUGGUGCUCAACUAUGUACCAGACCCUGUGGGUCGAGGCGAUAUGCUUAAACGCCUUGUGCACUUCUUCACAUCCGAAUGUCCCAUCUCCUUUCCCCCGACUCUAUUCUUCGUUCUUCCGGUGGCAUGUGUCGAUAACUCACGUUAUCUCACUGAGAAAAGACUUCUCGCCAUUCUAGAGAGUCUGGGCUUUCAACUCGUACAAAGCAGGCGGACUUCCAAGCUCAUCUACCAAUUAUGGACUCAUACCGGUGCCGCCUCACCCCAGUCUUUUAAGAAGGAGAUGGUUAACCCAGGCCAUAAAAGGAACAAUUUCGCUGUUGUUGUGCGCGAAAGCUGA